AAACUGACCAAUCAUCACUCAGCGGCAGCAGAAUAGGCUCCCUUUCUGCGCUCUCUCUGGCAAGAAGUUAGUUCCUGCUCUUCCCUGGCCGUUUCCUGUAAUCGUACAGUGUUGUGAGACGGAGAAAGCCAUGUGUGUCGAUGCAAAGCUGCUUACCUAAAAGUUGAGAAGAAUUGGACAACUACUAUAUCUCUUUCAUCUCGGAGUCUUUUAAACUUUCUGCCCGACUCCCUGUGUGGAGUGGGCAAAGAUGGCAGAUCCCAUUAUGGACCUCUUUGAGGACACUCCCCUAUUUAACUUGGACGGCCUCCCAGAUGACUCCUUCUCUCAGGGGUCAUCGGACCCCGUGGAAGAAGCUCUAAAGUUGGCUUUGGGGCAAGCUGUCCCAACAGGCGAGCCGGAGUCCACUCCUGACCUCGCCGUCAGCUCCAGUCUUGGCGUUCCUGUAGCAACUCCAGUCAUCCCAGAUCCCGCUCCACUUUCCGUUCCUACCCAGCAGCCGGUCUCAGUCGGUUCUGCCCAGACUGUGUCUGUAGCUCCUGUCGUGGAAGCCGGAGCCUUCAUGACCUCAGCCCCAGUUCCUGCCCCAGCUGAGUCUGUGCCACAGAUCCAGGCCCAGACAACCAUCCCUGUUGCCAGCAACCCCAGUGGGGUUUCCAGUAGCACCGUCUUGCUGAGCUCACCUUUGACCGUUUCCAGCUCCCCAGCUAUUACCACCACUGCCACCACGCAGCAGCUGACUCAGAUAACUCACCAGCUCACUCCCCAACAGUUAGCUGCCAUUACACAGCAAGCUGGAGGGAAAAUCGUCAUUCUCAAAGGCCCCCAGGGUCAGGCCCAGGUGCUGCAGGCCGUGUCAGGAACCACGGGCCAGACGGGCGGGAAGGUCAUCCGUCUGUUGUCUGGUACCCCUCUCAAGCCCGGUAUGUCCAUACUGCAAGGAGGUACCAUCUUAAAUCAGGCUAGCCCAGGACAAACCCAAGUCAAGGUGGGUGCUGCAGGGGUGCAGCGUCUGCUGCAGUCUGCCAACGGGCCGGUCAAACAGGUGUUGCUCACAUCCAUGCCUCAGCAGACUCAAGGUCAGCCGGUUCAGGUGCAGAUGGCUCAAGGUCAGACUACUGUCCAGGUUCAACCUCAGACCCAGACCGCUCAGAUCCAGGUCCAGCCCCAAGGACAGUCUACCCAGCUCCAGGUCCAACCCCAGGCCCAAGCUGUCCAAAUCCAGGUCCAGCCUCAGGCCCAGGCUGCUCCGGCCCAGGUCCAAACACAGGGUCAGGUGCAGCUCCAACCUGCCAUGCAGGGCCAGACACAGGGAGGUGAAGCCAAGCGCAUCACCCUGGUCCUCCAGCAGCCGUCGCAGACUGGUUCUACCACACCAGCCGUCAGUGCUCAACAGCAAGUCACAGCAGGAGGUCAGCAGCAGCAGACACAGGCUCCUGCCAGGCUGGUUCUGGGUCAGCUCCCUGGUGGCAAACUGGUGCUCCAGGGAAGCCAGCUAGCGGCGCUGACCCAGGCUCGGGCUGCAGGUCAGGCUGGAGGGCAGCCCAAGGUCCUCACCAUUCAGCUGCAAGUACAACAGCAGCCCAACCAACAAGGAGUCGUUAAGUACCAGCUUGUGUCAGGAGCUGGGGGCACCGGCGGCCCUCAGAUGUUGCAGAUAUCCCAAGGCCAAGGAGGACAGAGGGUGGCUGUACCUCUCAAAAUGCUUCUGCAGCCACAGACGAGUUCAGCCACAUCUUCCGGCGGCACCGUGUCUGUGGUGAAGGUCAUCAACCCGUCUACCGCUGCCCCCUCUGCUACAACUACCACUCCCUCGCAGGCCAUUCGAAUUACCAAGGCCCCCGGCGAGCCCGCGGCCGUCCGACGGGUAGAGAUUCUUUGCAAGCAGGAGAAGGCAAAUCGAAUAGUAGCUGAAGCCAUUGCUCGGGCUAAAGCACGGGGAGAAAAGAACCUGCCCAGGGUCCUGAAUCAGGACGAGCUUCCAUCCACACAGACUUCACCGGAGAUGGGAGGGACUCUUACCUUGGUGUCUCCUGCAAAGAAAAAAAGCAGCGGCGGAGGCGGAAGCAAAAAGAAAAGUCUGGUGUCUGGAGGACCCAUACCUAAAAUCAUUGUUGGGACUGACAAGAAGGGUAAAGUGGUAAAGAUAUCUGGAGGAACUAUUGCAGUAAGCGGUGGAACAGUGAUACCUGGAGCUGGGAACAAAAGCAAAAGCAAGACUAAAGCAAACACUAUUACCCUGGUAGGAGCAAAGAAAAGAAAGAGAAACGCCUCUUCAGACAUUUCUGAUGGGGAGCUGAGCCCACCCUCACCUGUCCCUAUGGAGGAUGACAUGAUUAUGAAGAGACGCUCCAACCGGGUGGUGAAAAGGAAGAAAUACACCGAAGACUUGGAUAUUAAAAUAACAGAUGAUGAGGACGAGCAGGAAGAUGUAGACGUGACCACGACGGCGGCAGCAGUUGCCUCGAUCAGCGGAGGGGCCGCCGCUCAGCUCAAACAGGAAGUGGAGCUUGACGGGGACGGGCUGCCCAGCAUGCAGUUCUUUGUAGAAAAUCCUAGUGAAGAAGAUGCUGCCAUUGUAGAUAAAGUCUUGUCCAUGAGGAUAACCAAGAAAGAGGUGUCACCAGGCCAGUAUACCAAUAUUGAGGAAUUCUUCGUUAAAUAUAAAAACUAUUCCUACUUGCACUGUGAGUGGGCCACUUUGGAUCAGUUGGAGAAAGAUAAGCGGAUCCAUCAAAAGAUCAAGAGGUUCAAGACCAAACACGCACAGAUGAGGCAUUUAUUCCAGGAGGAAGAGGAGCCCUUCAACCCAGACUACGUAGAAGUGGACAGGAUCCUUGACGUGUCCCACAGUGUGGACAAAGACAACGGAGAGCCGGUCAUCUACUACUUAGUGAAGUGGUGCUCUCUACCCUAUGAGGACGCUACGUGGGAGCUGAAGGAGGAUGUUGAUGAGGGAAAGGUGGAAGAGUUUGGCAAACUCCUGAACAGACAACCUCGCCUGAAGAAAAUGGUCCGCCCGUCUGCCAGUGCAUGGAAGAAGCUAGAGGAGACCCGAGAAUAUAAGAACGGCAACACACUAAGAGAGUAUCAGCUGGAAGGAGUCAACUGGCUUCUGUUUAACUGGUACAACAGGCAGAACUGCAUCCUGGCAGAUGAAAUGGGUCUGGGGAAGACCAUCCAGUCCAUAACGCUGCUUUCAGAGAUUUACGCUGCUGGAGUCCAAGGCCCAUUCCUGGUUAUUGCCCCGCUCUCCACCAUCACUAACUGGGAGAGGGAGUUCUCCACAUGGACCAACAUGAAUGCCAUCGUUUACCAUGGAAGCCUCGCCAGCAGACAGAUGAUCCAGCAGUAUGAGAUGUACUGUAAAGAUGAUAAGGGACAUUUAAUUCCAGGAGCGUACAAGUUCGACGCUCUCAUCACAACUUUUGAAAUGGUGCUCUCUGACUGCCCAGAGCUCAGGGAGAUCUCAUGGCGCUGUGUGAUCAUUGACGAGGCUCACCGCCUCAAAAACAGGAACUGCAAGCUGUUGGACAGCUUGAAGAUGCUGGACCUGGAGCACAAAGUGCUGUUGACCGGCACCCCUCUCCAGAACACCGUGGAGGAACUCUUUAGUCUUCUCCACUUCCUGGAGCCAGCUCAGUUCCCCUCUGAAAUCGAGUUCCUUCGAGAGUUUGGAGACCUUAAAACGGAGGAGCAGGUUCAGAAACUCCAGUCUAUUUUAAAGCCAAUGAUGUUGCGCAGACUCAAAGAAGAUGUUGAGAAGAACCUAGCACCCAAGCAGGAAACCAUCAUUGAGGUUGAGUUGACCGACAUCCAGAAGAAGUACUACCGAGCCAUUCUGGAGAGGAACUUUAGUUUCCUUAGUCUAGGAGCCAACAGUAACAGCAACGUCCCAAACCUCCUCAACACAAUGAUGGAGCUCCGAAAGUGCUGCAACCACCCCUACCUCAUUAACGGUGCGGAGGAGAAGAUUGUGACGGAGUUACGAGAAAAGUACGACCCCCUGGCCCCUGACUUUCAUUUGCAGGCCCUAAUUCGCUCCGCAGGCAAACUGGUGCUACUUGAUAAACUGCUGCCUCGCCUCAAGGCUGGCGGCCACAAAGUGCUCAUCUUCUCUCAGAUGGUGCGCUGCUUAGACAUUCUAGAGGACUACCUCAUCAACAAGAGAUACCUUUAUGAGCGAAUAGAUGGCAGAGUGCGUGGGAACCUGCGGCAGGCAGCCAUCGAUCGCUUCAGCAAACCAGACUCGGACCGCUUCGUCUUCCUUCUUUGUACCCGUGCUGGCGGUCUCGGUAUCAACCUGACAGCUGCUGACACCUGCGUCAUAUUUGACUCUGACUGGAACCCUCAAAACGACCUGCAGGCUCAAGCAAGAUGCCAUCGUAUCGGCCAGUCAAAGGCGGUCAAGGUCUACCGCCUCAUCACCAGGAAUUCAUACGAGAGGGAAAUGCUGGACAAAGCAAGUCUGAAGCUUGGUUUGGAUCGCGCUGUUCUGCAAAGCAUGAGCGGCAACAAGGAUAGUAACGUCAACGGGCUGCAACAGUUCUCUAAGAAGGAAAUUGAGGACCUUCUUCGGAAAGGAGCUUAUGCCGCCAUCAUGGAUGAAAAUGACGAAGGAAGCCGGUUCUGCGAGGAAGAUAUCGACCAGAUCCUUCAACGACGAGCCACCACCAUUACUAUCGAGAGCGAAGGCAAAGGUUCUACAUUCUCCAAAGCCAGCUUCGUGGCCUCUGAGAACCGCACUGACAUCGCCCUCGAUGACCCCGAGUUCUGGCAGAAGUGGGCUAAGAAAGCGGAUAUCGACAUGGAUACCAUUAAUCGAAAGAACACUCUUGUGAUUGACACUCCCAGAAUUCGGAAGCAGACCCGCCAGUACUCCAGUUUACGCGGUGAAGGAGGCGACCUGUCCGAUUUGGACAGUGACGACGAGUAUCCGCCCGCCAAUUCCAGACACUCGCGGUCAUCUCGCCGCUCCGACCGCCACAGUGGGGGAGGUUACGGUCGCACCGACUGUUUCCGAGUGGAGAAACACCUGCUUGUCUACGGAUGGGGCCGCUGGAGGGAUAUCUUGGCUCACGCCAGAUGUAAAAGGCGUCUGAGUGAACGUGAUGUAGAAACCAUCUGCCGUGUCAUUCUGGUCUUCUGUCUCAUGCACUAUCGUGGUGAUGAGAACAUCAAGAGCUUCAUCUGGGAGCUGAUUACUCCACCAGAAAAUGGCAGAGAACCCCAAACACUACUGAACCACUCUGGUCUUUCUAUCCCGGUUCCAAGAGGCAGGAAAGGUAAGAGAGUCAAGGCCCAGAGCACCUUCGAUGUCCAGAAGGUGGAGUGGAUCCGCAAAUAUAACCCCGACACUUUGCUGCUGGACGACAGCUACCGCAAACAUCUGAAGCACCAGUGCAACAAAGUGUUGCUCAGGGUCCGUAUGCUCUACUACCUGAAGCAGGAGGUCAUUGGAGACCAUGCAGAUUCUGUCCUGAAAGGAGCUGACAUUCGGGAUGUUGAUAUCUGGAUGCCAGAGAUGGAACAGCAGGAGGUACCUGCUGCCUGGUGGGACUCAGACGCAGACCGCUCGCUGCUCGCUGGUGUCUUCAAACAUGGUUAUGAGAUGUACACUACCAUGCGUGCCGAUCCCUGCCUCUGUUUCGUGGAAAGAGUUGGUCGGCCUGACGACAAGGCAAUUGAUGCUGAGCAGCACACCGGGGACACCGAGCUGGGAGAUGAUGCCGACUUUGAUAAGUUUUCAGAAGAUCCCGAGUUCAAGCCAGCAUCUAGAGUCUCCAAAGAUCUUUUUGAUGAGCCUGACUCUAUGAACGUGGACGAUGAGAUUUCAGUGGAAGACAAGACGGUACCAACGGUAACAGAAAGCUCAACGAGUCAGAGUGGAGUGUGCGAGUGGCCCUCAAGCUCGUCGCUAACUGCACGGUUGAGGCGACUGAUCACAGCGUACCAGCGCAGCUACAGACAGGAGCAGCUGAAGAUGGAAGCCGAGGCCAAAGGCGACCGCAGACGGAGGCGGUGCGAACAGGCCAGCAAGCUAAAGGAAAUCGCACGGCAGGAACGACAACAAAGGUGGACGCGGAGAGAAGAGAGUGAUUUCUACCGUGUGGUGUCCACGUUUGGAGUAGAGAAGAUUAAGAAGGAGCCCGGCAUUUCAGAGGAGGGAGAAGUGGAGUUCGACUGGAACCGUUUCCGAACUUUCGCCCGCCUGGAUAAAAAAACCGACGAGAGCCUCAGUCGAUACUUCCGUUCAUUCGUCGCAAUGUGCCGAAGAGUGUGCCACCUCCGCCCAGGUCGUGGUGAAGAUCCUUCAGAGCUGACUCAAACUGUGGCUCCCAUCACUGAAGAACGUGCCUCCCGUACUCUGUACCGCAUCAGCCUUCUGCGCCGCCUUCGUGAGCGAGUCCUCCCUCACCCCUCCCUGGAGGAGCGUCUCCUCUUGGCCCCACGCAGCUCUGAGCUGCCUGCUUGGUGGACCAUGCCCGACCACGAUCGGCAGCUAAUGCUCGGCGCCGCACUGCACGGCGUCAGCCGUACUGAGCUUUCCAUCUUCCCGGACCCGCAGUUCACUUUCAGCUCGGCUCGCGACGAAUUCAUCCAGAACCAGCAGGCUCUACCGCCCCCUCCUCCUCCUCCGCCUCCACCAAUCAUGACACUCGGCCAGCCCAAGGUGGAGUUGGACUUAACGAGUAUGAAGCGGGAGGAAACAGAUGAGAGCGCUCGACUGUUUGGGGGGGGUAUGAGUACUGAGCUGCAGAGCACACCUUUGAGUCACCACGCUGUCAAAGUGCAAGGUCAGGACUGGAGCUUUAAGAACAGCAGGGAACGAUCGGAAAAAGCAGGAAGGAAAGGUGGAGGAGGGUCCGACUCGGAUUCAGAUUCUGACUCGGGGUCUUCGUCCUCGGAGCGAUCCGGGAGCAGCGAUGACAGCGGAGACAGCGACGAGGAGGUAGAAGGAAGGGGUAUGAAGGUGGGAGAUGUGGAUGAAGAAAAUAGCUUACUCUCCAUGACUCCGUCUCAGGAUAGCAUACUUCCACCUGAACCUAUCCGAGUCGAGUGGCCCAAGGACCGUGUGCUGAUCAACCGCCUGGAUAACCUGUGCACCCUUGUGCUGACCGGCCAGUGGCCCUCGGGCCGACGUUACAUUCCUGAAGCUCAGCUCAACCCGAGCUCAGAGCUGUUGGGAGAGGAGAUGGCCUACCCCAGGGUCAUCCGUAAACCCAUCAGCACACCGGGGGGCAUCGGGCCGGAGGGGGAAGACGGAGAGUUCACAGUCAAACUCCUCAAGGAAGAAGGCCUGAAGCUGACGUUCUCCAAGCAGGCACUAAUGCCCAACGGGUCAGGGGGAGAGAGCAGCGGACGAAAGAAGCGGAAAGACCAAGAGCUGUCAGAGUUUGACGAACUCGAUUCACUGGAACGUACCCCUCGAAGAAGGGACCCUCCCACCUGGUUGAAAGAGAAUCCAGAUUAUGAGGUGGAAGGAGACAUGUUGGAGCUGCUGGUUAACAGGAGCAAAAGGAAGAGGAGACGGCGAGCAAAUAAACCUCUGACAGGCACUGAGAAGGUCAAAGUGAUCAACAUGCUGACAGGAAAGAAGGUUGGAGCUGCUUUCUCGCCGAUGCUUCAGGAUCUAAAGGAGUAUCUGGAGGAGAAUCCUAAUAUCGCCGUUUCACCCGAGUGGUCUGAAACCGUUCAAAAAUCUGGUCUGCUGCCUGAAUCCCUCUUCCACCGCCUGCUGUCGGAGAAUUCAGAGAUUCCAAAGAAAAGUCACCGGCGGCGUCACCACCACCAUCACCACCACCACCACCAUCAUUACCACACUCCUGACCCCACGCCUGAAGACCCUAACUUGGACGGAGUAGAAGAAGAGACUCUGGUUUCCGACGGAGCCUACAUGAUGGACGAGGAGGACUUGGAGACGCCCCAUCACUUCCUCACCAGCCCGGACUUUGACGUUAAAAUGGGGGGCGGUGACAGCCUCUCUCAAGGCGACUACGACAGCUCGGAUCAAGAAGCGCUACUGGAAGAUGUCAUCCUGGCGCCGAAGGACUCUGACUCCUCAUCAAGCUCAGAAGACUGAACUCCAAAUACAUCUGACUUAUCCCCCCUCUUUCCAAAUGAAAUCAUGUUAUUCCGAAAUUUUCUUUUUUUACCAACAUGUAACAAAUCAAGCAUUGUUUUUGUUUUUGCUACCUUCAUUCAUUAUUUUCUUUCUUUGGGAUUAUUUCUGUGUAAGGAGCAGGUGUGCAUCCACCCAUUUUAUUCUAACCCCUCCCCCAUCGCUCCGUUUUUGCACCGAGCUCUUUUCGAUCUUCCUCAUGACGUUGCUGAACUGAGCGGCCUCUCUUCUCCACUCGUACUUUUUCAUCUCUUCCAUCCAAACCCAUAAAUUUCCCAUCACAUUCCCAGACGUGACCAAAAGAGGACCCUUGCUGUAUAGACACACUUUUCAUAUCUUUAAAAAGAGAAGAAAAAAAAAAAAAACCUCAAAGCUGGUCCUCGAGAGCUACAUGAAACUGGACGCGUACUGAGCAAAGCCUGAUCCCUCUCUCCCCUUUGAUCUCCUUCGGUCGGCCUCUCUUCGGACAAGACUGUAAACCAAGAGGGGAUCCAGUGUGUGGAUAGACUUUAGUGUCUUUACUCUGCGUAAGGGUUGUGGGCUGAGAAGGGAGGGAGGGAGGGGUUAAAGUGGCGUAUUAGUUACUGAAGCGGUUUAAGGGGUGGUGUGUGUAUUGUAUAAUGUAGAGCUCAUCAGUUGUGUACUAUGGUGCAAAGAUGACAGCUGUGAGUUAUUCUUGUUUUAUGAUCUGACUGUAUCUGUGAUAUGAAUAACAGCAAUCUACAGUGAAAAAAA